AGGAGUACCACUCGUUCGGGUCGAAGCCUUGUCCUCCUUGUUGUUGUUGUAUUCGCGUAUACAUAACACAACAAAACUGCCAAAUUCGUUCGUUCUUUAUUGUUCGUCCCCCUCUUCUUUUCUGCUAACCACCACCGCUCCCUCUCUUUCCUCUAAUGCCUGAUACUUCUGCUCCCCAGGUCCCGCAGCCGGCGGCGGCCCCAACCAAGUCCAAACAUAGCCAUGCAUCGUCGACGACCGUCCAGUCUGCACCACGGAAAGUCCGGUUUAACGUCGGAACUCAGUACCAGGUCCUCGAUGUCGUUGGCGAAGGCGCGUAUGGCAUUGUCUGUUCAGCAAUGCAUCGGCCAAGCGGUCGCAAGGUUGCCAUCAAGAAAAUUGCGCCUUUCGACCACUCCAUGUUCUGUCUGCGGACUCUUAGGGAGCUCAAGCUACUUAAGUUUCUUAGCGAGGCUGGCGUGAGCGAGAAUAUCAUCUCUAUAUUGGACAUUAUCAAGCCGUCGUCGAUUGAGUCAUUCAAGGAGGUCUAUCUUAUCCAGGAGCUGAUGGAGACAGACAUGCACCGCGUUAUUCGCACGCAAGAUCUAUCGGAUGACCACGCCCAGUAUUUCAUCUAUCAGACCCUUCGGGCUCUUAAAGCCCUCCACUCGGCCGACGUGAUACAUCGAGACCUCAAGCCGUCAAAUUUGUUGCUUAACGCCAACUGCGAUCUCAAAGUAUGCGACUUCGGUUUAGCACGGUCCGUGAAAACAGCAGAACCCUCGGGUACAGAGACUGGAUUCAUGACCGAAUACGUUGCCACUCGAUGGUAUCGAGCCCCCGAAAUAAUGCUUACCUUCAAGCAGUACACAAAAGCCAUCGAUGUAUGGUCCGUAGGCUGUAUCUUGGCAGAGAUGCUCUCCGGCAAACCCCUCUUCCCUGGACGCGACUAUCAUCAUCAACUCAGUCUUAUUCUCGAUGUCUUGGGCACCCCUACUCUUGAUGAGUUUUACGCCAUUACGACCCGGCGAUCGCGCGAUUACAUCCGUGCGCUUCCGUUCCGUAAACGCCGGCCAUUCUCCGCCAUCUUCCCCAACGCUACCCCCCUCGCAAUAGAUUUCCUAACAAAAACUCUCACGUUCGAUCCCAAGAAGCGGAUAUCCGUAGAAGAUGCGCUUGCGCAUCCCUAUUUGGAGGCUUAUCAUGAUCCCGAUGAUGAACCGGUUGCACCACCUCUUGACCCCGAGUUCUUCGAGUUCGACUUGCACAAGGACGACAUCAGCCGCGAGCAGCUGAAAGAACUCCUCUAUGAGGAGAUCAUGACGUUCCGUCCUGCCCCAUUUGUAUAAUUAUAUCACCUUUUUGUCUAGUACGUCCUGAUGUAACGUAUUCUGCUUUCCCCACUCAGCUCUUUGACGAUGUAAUGUUCUUGCUGUCUUCAUGCACGCCAUCAGAGAUAUAUAUACGGCUCUGUUCUUUAGAUCGGACGCCCGCUACCGCCAUUGACACGCCUCCCACGGACAACCUCACUCCCUCUUUGUUACCAUCUUUUACGUUUCCAUUCUUUGGUUUGGGCUAUCUCCAGGGCACUAGAUGCCUGGAUUUCUUGUGCUGAG